AUGUCAGCACCUCUACAUCUUGGAGACUCAGGCUCGGCCGUCGAGCGCCUUUCCGUCUCCUCCGGGAAUGUUCAGCUACUUCCUGUCACCCACAAAAAGGGUAUUGAGAAUCAGUAUCCCCUCCCAGGGAUAGACACAUUGGAAGGGCAGAUACCUCAUUUUCCCAUCCCAACACUGAAGCUCGGUUCCAACGAUGGAUCGAAUGGUGCGUUCGCUGCAAAAAGAAAACGAUGUCAUCCCAAGCCACAUCGGCCCAAGCAUCUGGCGGACCCCGACCGCCCAUAUCUUCAUCAUCCAAAAUACCUCGAAUACAGAUCUCGACCAAGGCAGGAUAUCGGCAAAGAUGGCAAGCCAAUCUGGCCUGACAAUAUCGAAGCUGCCUUUCAAGACGCCCUUGUGCAUAUAAAGCCAAUGGGUCGAAAGAAGUGUUCACAACGGGGAAAGCCCUAUGGACGGAACAUGCUCAUUGCCGAAUGGAUAUACCGAGCGACAGGCCAAAAACGGGAACGCAAACAAGUCUCAAGCCACAUACAAGUGCUUGACAGGUUUCUUCAAGGCAUUCCAGAAUGGGACCGGCUGAUCAAGCCCAGUGAUGACGAUGACACUAGUCCGUCGGAAGGUCACAAAUUUUAUCACAACUCUAUUGAGCACAUGGUCAACGAACAAAAGGCAAGAAGCAAAGCCAGGCAGCACAGCGAUGCCGUGUGGGACAACGAGCUUGACGGCACUGCGGACUCGUUUGUCUCUGGAUCACCAACGGACGAUCUGGACACCACACAAUGGGUCGAACGCCUCAAUUUCGAAAUGUGGGUGAGCUCGCCCAUUGACCACGAGCGUGCCUUGCACUACUAUACUGGGCUCAACUCCACGAAACUGGCGCCAUUUCCACUUGAGGAACUUGUCGGGUGGCGAUUGUCAUUUCCGCAUCUCAAGUCCCUCGUCGACCACGGAAAGCGCCUCAAUAAAUGCGACCUUAUCCUCCUCAAUGCCAGCUUCCGGUUAAUGGAGGACUUCCCACCACGUCACUCCAAGCUUGGUAUCUGCCUUGAACUCAAGUAUCCGGAUCGACUCUGGACAGAUUUGCACCCUGAAGCUGGGGUGAAAAAAUGGUCCUGCGUGACCUACAUGUACCGCAAAGGCGUGCUUAUCACUGAACCCACCCGUGAGGAGUGCCAGACUCCAGAUCACUGGAGAAUCCGACCGUUCUUCCAGUCGAAGUGGUGGGCAUCGACAUUUACCUCGCUCACGGAGGCAAGAAAAGUCGCCGAAGAUUCGAAGGACCCGGAAGCAAUUGACCUUGCCAACGAGCAGUCUCGCAAUUUCUUUCGCGGUCUCUCAAUCAUGCAAGAGAUAUACGUUGUUCGCUACUCCAACAGCAGCGACUUCGGCGAUAGCAUGAAACGAGAGUCACGCAAGAGGACAGCAAUCUUGCUCUGGCAGUUUUCGCAAGCGCCAACGGACAGCGCUGGUAUCACGACAUGGCAGAACUUGAUCGCUCCGCCGGAUCGUCUGGAAACGAAUAGCCCGUUCCCCGACAGUGUGGAGAUGAACCUGCCGCCGCUCUCGAUGGACUCCAUUGUCGACUGUUCUCCUGGUAUUGGUUCAUUUGAGAGCAAUACCCGUCAGUUCCAACCGCAGCACAGCAUGCCUUACAACCUGUAUCCGGUAUCGAUGGACGAAGAAUUCUGCCAGGAUGGCUUCAUGGCCAUGAAGCACGAGCAACCCCGCGGCUUUGGUCAUCUACAGUCAUGCUUCGAAGUGGCUUCUAAUCAUGAGUUCUCUGGCCUCGACGCUUCUAUCCAUGACACAUUCAAUCUGCAGUCGUGGUCACCACAAGUGGAUGAACAGGACGAAGCACUGCGCAAUGCCUUGCUUGCCGCAUCGGGCAUGGACCUGGGCGCCGGAGCGCACCAACCGCUUCCACCACCCACGCCGUGCUCGCAACUGGAGUAUCACACUUCCGAGGAACACCAGAGGCACGCCGAGGCCGACAAUCGAGGCCUGUAG